AUGCCCUAUGAACCACAUAAUCCAUUGACGGUGGCCCUACCUUUCAACUUUGGCUCCGACAAGGAGUACCCCACCGAAGUCAUGGCUGGACGUUUCCAAGCGUGGCGAUCAAUCAUCAAGGAACUCGUCAACUACUUUCGAGAAUACGCUAACGUCCAACAAGAAAUAGUCAGACAACAAUUACGACUCCAACAAGCAUCCGCCACUUUGAAUACAUCUGCUGCGGUCGUAUCUGGUGGCUCUUCUGGUAACUCCAAUAAUACGGCAUCUUCGGUAAGAGAAGAAGCAAGUAAUGUUGUCAAAUAUUUCUUACCGGUUGGAAAUGGGUCCAUCAGAGACAUUCCUGGAGUUCUCACAAAGUAUCAUCAACAGAAUGUAACCAAUUCAUCAAAGACAUUAAAGGAUAUAAACAACAUUAUUAUCCCCAAAUUAGAAGAAUUAAGAAAGGAUUUGCUCGUCAAGAUUAAAGAAAUUAAAAACUUGCAAAAUGAUUUCAAAACUAACUUAGGCAAGGAGUUGACUGAAACAAAGAACUUACUCCACAUGUACCAUCAAGCCAUUGAACAUUCGAACAAACUUGAUUCGAAAUUGCAUUCCAACAAUUCAUCAACUGACCCGGGAGAUGUUUCUAGAUUUGAUCCUUAUUUAGUAAAGAUGAGAUUGGAUCGCCAAUUGAGAAGGCAAAUGCAAGAAGAAGGAUACCUUCAUGAUGCUUACUCUAAUUUACAAAAUGCCGGUGGAAAAUUAGAGUCCAUUGUCGUCAUGGAAAUUCAAAAUUACGUCUCGAUGUUUUUAAACUUGAUAAGCACUGAAUCGUCUACAUUAUCUACAUUCUUGGUUCCCAACAUUAACAAUGGGUUCCUUUCCAAAGAAAGUACGUUUGAAUGGGAUGCAUUCAUUUCAAGAAAUUUACCAUCUACCAAUCUCGGAGUAUCGGCAGUUUCCAACAAUACAUCCACCAAUAUUAAGAAUGGAACAUUUAUUGAUAUUUCCAUACCCCGCAGAAGAAUGGCCGACUUGCUGAUUCCUGAUUUUGACUCUAAUUUGAACAUUGCUGUAAGGUCAGGAUUUCUCGAACGAAGAUCUAAAUAUCUCAAGAAUUAUUCAACCGCGUGGUUUGUCCUCACUUGUAAUUAUAUCCACGAGUUUAAGUCAAAUGAUCGUAAAAAGGACCCCAUGCCUUCCAUUUCACUUCCUUUGGAUUCGUGUUCUGUCAGUGAACAUUCAAAAGAUGAUGGGAAAUCCACGGGUGUUUACAAGUUCAUUUUAGUUUCCAAGCUGACCAACGGUCUCAUUCAUAGAACUCAUAACUGGGUGUUUAGAACUGAUACGUAUGCAAACAUGAUUGCUUGGUUUGAAGAUAUUAAGAAGUUGACAAGUUUACCAACACCAGCAGCAAGAGCUCGCACCAUCACAAAUGAGCAUCCCCCAGUGCGAAGCUCAACUACUAGUCCAGGAAUAUCACGUUCAGUAAGCAGACGUACUGCAGAUGGAGCACGCUCAUUAAACUCGUUAACUUCGGGUGAUUCAAAGCGUUAUUCUAGACAAAGACCUUUAUCACAAGCAACUUCCAUAGCCAAUGCCAACCGCUUAUCAUCAACUUUCUCCCAUAAGAAUAACUUGUCUCCUAGGUUGCCAAACAUGAUAAACAGUGAUGGGACAAUCAUAACUCCAGUUGACUCCUUUGUUGUUUCCAAACGUAAUAGUCUUAGUGAUAGUUCGGACCACCUUGACCAUCAUGACCAUCACCACCAACAUCAAGAUCCGAACAAUUCUGGGUAUCAAGUAGUCGCCAAUGAGUCCCAACAUUCACUUCCCCAUGUACAAUCGUCGAACCAACCAAGUCACUAUUCUACCCCUCCAGCAGGAUACCAAUACUAUGUUCCUGCCAAUCCAAUGCAGCCACAACAAUAUUACGAUCCGGUCCAACAACAAUAUUUCACAAUCACACCUAGUAUGAUACAUCCAGGACUGGUUCCCACAAUGACACCAUCAUCAUCAAAGCAAUCACAACCACCUCCUCCACCACCACCACAACAACAACAACAACAACAACAACAGACAACACAACCACAGCCACAAUACUUCCCAGUGUCGCCUUCGCUUGUGCCUGCACAGGCUCCAAGCAAUGGUAGUGAUAAGUUACCAUAUCCUCUGAACAAUCACCAACUCGAGUUGGAAGAGAGUGAGCGCGAAGCCGAGGGUGAAACCCCCGAUGAGAUAUCUACCAUCAAAGAAGCAACGGUAGAUGACAAGGAUAGUUGAUUUUAGUUUUCUUCUUUUACAUAUAUUAUAUAAAUACAAUUUGCAUGUAUGACGAUUCUUUCUUUCUUGCAGGAAAUAUAUUAUUUUUUAAACUAACUAACUAUUGUACAUUCUUAAACAACAACACCGGAGUUAGAAGCAAUACGUGGCCAUAAAUCGGCACAUUCCUUAGCAACAGGACCGGUGAUGGCGGAACCCUUCAUUUCACCCUUAGGGUUAACAAUGACACCGGCAUUGUCUUCAAAGUAUAAGUAGACACCGUCCUUUCUUCUCCAUGGCUUGGAUUGUCUAAUGACAAUGGCUGGCAUAACCUUCUUUCUCAAUUCUGGCUUACCCUUCUUAACGGUGGCCAUAACCAUGUCACCGGCGGAGGCGGCUGGUAAUCUGUUUAAUCUAGCACCAAUACCCUUGACGGCUAAAACGUACAAGUUUCUAGCACCAGAGUUAUCAGCACAGUUCAUGAUAGCACCAACUGGCAAAGCUAAGACAUACGGAAUUUGUUACCGGAAGC